AUGGCGACCGAUUCACCAACUUGGCCGGGCAAAGUGCAUAAGGAGCAUCAUAAGGAGGUUACUUCAACUCAGUUGUUGAUCAAAGAGAUGCUAAAGGGGAACGAUACGAUCGAUGUGAACGACAUGUACUGUGUGUCUACGAAUGUGCAGACUGCUGGGAAAGGCAGAGGAAAGCAUUGCUGGGAGUCUCCAAUUGGUUGUGCGAUGCAGAGCAUUCUCAUUUUCGUGGAUGAGGCCCAAGUUCGCCGAGUGCCGGGGUUAACCCAAGUGAUGGCAGUUUCGGUCGCCAAUGCGAUCGACAGUUUCAUCAGUCGGAAAUCGGCGAGUAAGCGAACACAGUUGAAGUGGCCGAAUGAUAUUAUUGUUGAUGAAAAGAAAGUUGGAGGAAUACUAGCUGAAGUCAUUGCGAGUCCCAAAAAAGGCAAAAUUCCGGUCGCGAUCGGCGUUGGUAUAAAUGUUGCAGUUGAUGAUGAAGUAUUAGAAGGUCUCAAGAGGGCUCGUUGGCCUGCAGGAAGUUUGAAAUCUUGUGAAGGAAUCGAGUGGAAACCUGAGCUCGACGUGGUAGCUCUUCGGAAUGCUAUAGUAGAGCAGUUUAUUGUGAAUGCGAAGCAGUGGAUGGACGUUCCUCCUAGUGGAAGCUUCGUCCCGCCAGCUAUAAGCAUGCAAGUUAUAGGGCGUCAA